CCGUGGGCGAUGGAGUGAGGGGGUCUCGGGGUGUCCUGCGCGGGGGAGGCCGGAGGCGCCGCUCAGGCCGCCGGCGGGGGCAGGCGGAUGCUGCUGCGAUAACAGAGUAACCGAGGCUUGUAGUCAUCUAGAGGUUCUCCCCCAGAGGGGCGAUCAUCAUCUGCUGGGCAUGCUUACAGCACUUUGCAGCCAUGGACAUGAAGGAGAAGUGUCAGAAUGAGAUCACCUCAAGUUUGGGCCUGACCACAAAGAAAGCCCUCACUGUCCUGCGAGACCAGUUGUCAGCACUGCUGGAGGGACAUCAGAAGGAAAGGAAGAAGGUGACUUCAUGGAAGGAGGUGUGGAGGAGCAGUUUCCUGUACCAUGGUAACCGUUGCUCCUGUUUCCAUUGGCCGGGUGCAUCUCUGAUGCUGCUGGCAGCGGUAUUGCUACUAUGCUGCUAUGGGAGUCAGCCACAAGGGAGCCACGGUGCUGAGAUCGUGAAUGCCCUGGCUCUCUUCCUUCUCCUCCUCCUGGACCUCUUCCUGAUUGGGCGGCAAGAAAGGCUGAAGCGCAGAGAGGUUGAAAGGAGGCUUCAGACCAUCAUUGAUAAGAUAAACGAUAUGUUGAAAGAUGGCAAGGAGGUGAAGUGGCCAGAUUCCAUGUACCCCGACCUUCACAUGCCUUAUGCCCCAUCUUGGUCCCUCCACUGGGCUUAUAGAGAUGGUCAUCUUGUCAACCUACCUGUCAGCCUGUUGGUAGAGGGAGACAUCAUUGCCUUGAGACCAGGACAGGAAUCCUUUGCCUCUCUGAGGGGCAUUAAGGAUGAUGAGCACAUUGUUUUGGAGCCAGGAGACCUGUUUCCCCCUUUCUCUCCUCCACCUUCCCCCAGAGGAGAGGUGAAGAAAGGACCUCAGAAUCCUCAGCUGUAUCGUCUCUUCCGUGUCUUGAAGACCCCAGUGAUAGAUAAUGUCCGGUGGUGCCUGGACAUGGCUUUGUCCCGUCCUGUGACCGCUCUGGAUAACGAGCGGUUCACAGUGCAGUCAGUGAUGCUGAAGUAUGCUGUUCCUAUUGUAUUGGCUGGCUUCUUGAUUACCAAUGCCGUGCGCUUCAUUUUCAAGGCUCCUGGAAUUGCUUCCUGGCGAUACACUCUUCUUCAGCUGCAGGUGAAUGGUGUCCUGCCCAUCCUGCCACUGCUCUUUCCUGUCCUGUGGGUUCUUGCUACUGCCUGUGGAGAAGCCAGAGUCUUGGCACAGAUGAGCAAAGCCUCACCCACCUCACUGCUGGCUAAGUUUUCAGAGGACACUCUCAGUAGCUACACAGAGAUGGUAUCUUCUCAGGAAAUGAUACGUUGCAUCUGGAGCCACUUCCUGUGUGUUUUAAAAGGCAAAUCUCCAAUGCUCAGCUUCACUUCCAGCUUGCUUCACAGUCUGGGAUCUGUUACCGUACUUUGCUGUGUGGACAAGCAAGGGAUUCUGUCCUGGCCAAAUCCCAGUCCGGAGACCGUUUUGUUCUUCAGUGGGAAGGUGGAGCCCCCUCACGAUAGCCAUGAAGACCUGACAGAUGAGCUGUCCACGCACUCCUUCUGCCACCCGGAGAUGGAAGAGGAGCCCCAUGAAAGGGAUGCUUUGCUCUCGGGCUCCAGGACAGAUGUGGUCCAUGUUACCAAUGAGCAGGAGAGAAACAACUGGUCUGGUGAUACUCCAAAGUCUUCUGAUGCCCAUAUGCACAGAAAGCCAACCAGCAGAAGCAAGCAUCCAUCAGGGUCCAACGUGAGCUUCAGCAAGGACACAGAGGGUGGACAGGAGGAGCCAGCCCAGGCUGGGGGUGAUACCGAGGGUCUGGUCUGUGAAGCCGAAGACUUUGUGUGUGACUAUCACCUUGAGAUGCUCAGCCUGUCCCAGGACCAGCAGAACCCCUCCUGCAUCCAGUUUGAUGAAUCCAACUGGCAGAUGCACCUGAACUCCCUUAAGCCUCUGGGCCUGAAUGUGCUGCUCAACCUCUGCAAUGCCAGUGUGACAGAGCGCCUGUGUCGCUUCUCUGACCACCUCUGCAACAUUGCACUACAGGAAACCCACAAUGCUGUGCUGCCUGUCCACGUGCCCUGGGGGCUUUGUGAGCUUGCUAGGCUAAUAGGUUUCACACCUGGUGCCAAAGACCUUUUCAAGCAGGAGAACUAUUUAGCCAUGUACCGUCUGCCAAGUGAUGAGGUGGUGAAGGAGACGAUGCUGGGGAAACUCUCUUCCAUCACCAAGAGGAGACCGCCCUUGAGUCACAUGAUCAACCUUUUUGUUAAGGACACCACGACCAGCACUGAGCAGAUGUUUUCUCAUGGGACAGCUGACAUCAUCCUUGAGGCCUGCACAGACUUCUGGGAUGGUACCGAUAUCUAUCCCCUCUCUGGCUCAGACAGGAAGAAAGUCUUGGAUUUUUACCAGCGAGCCUGUCUCUCAGGAUAUUGUUCUGCUUUUGCCUACAAGCCAAUGCAUUGUGCCUUGUCCUCCCAGCUGAAUGGCAAGUGCAUAGAACUGGUACAGGUUCCUGGACAGAGUGCCAUCUUCACGUCCUGUGACCUUCCUGGGACUAUACCCAUCAAACAGAGUAGCCGGAGGAACAGCUGGAGCUCUGAUGAAGGGAUCGGGGAAGUGAUGGAGAAGGAGGAUUGUAUCCAGGCUUUGAGCGGCCAAAUCUUCAUGGGAAUGGUCUCCUCCCAGUACCAGGCCCGGCUAGACAUUGUGCGCCUUAUUGAUGGACUGGUCAACGCCUGCAUUCGUUUUGUCUACUUUUCUUUGGAGGAUGAGCUCAAGAGCAAGGUAUUUGCGGAGAAGAUGGGUCUCGAGACUGGCUGGAAUUGCCACAUAUCCUUAACACCCAAUGGAGAUGUGCCUGGCUCAGAGAUCCCCCCCUCCAGCCCCAGCCACGCUGGCUCACUGCACGAUGACCUGCAUCAGGUCUCCCGAGAUGAUGUGGAGGGACUGCUGCUAAUGGAAGAGGAAGGGCACUCAGAUCUCAUCAGCUUUCAGCCAACAGACAGCGACAUCCCCAGCUUCCUGGAGGACUGCAACAGGGCCAAACUUCCACGGGGAAUCCACCAAGUGAGGCCUCACCUGCAGAACAUUGACAACGUGCCUUUGCUGGUGCCUCUCUUUACAGACUGCACUCCUGAGACCAUGUGUGAGAUGAUCAAGAUCAUGCAGGAGUAUGGGGAGGUGACGUGCUGCCUGGGGAGCUCGGCCAACCUGCGCAAUAGCUGCCUCUUCCUGCAGAGUGACAUCAGUAUAGCCCUGGAUCCCCUCUACCCCUCCCGCUGCUCCUGGGAGACUUUCGGCUAUGCCACGAGCGCGAACAUGAUGCACGUCUCCGACGAGCUCAGCCCUCUGCAGCUCUCAGGUCAACUGAACAGCUUGCCUUGUUCCAUGUCCUUCCGCCAGGAAGAGAGCAUCAGCAUCAUCCGGCUUAUUGAGCAGGCAAGGCAUGCAACAUACGGGAUCCGCAAGUGUUUCCUUUUCCUGCUGCAGUGCCAGCUCACCCUGGUUGUCAUUCAGUUCCUCUCCUGCCUGGUGCAGCUUCCGCCCAUCCUCAGCACAACAGACAUCCUGUGGCUCUCCUGCUUCUGUUACCCACUGCUCAGUGUGUCUCUCCUUGGCAAACCCCCGCACAGCUCUAUCAUGACUGUGGCCACUGGGAAGAACUUAACCUCCAUUCCUAAAAAGACUCAGCACUACUUCCUGCUCUGCUUCCUGCUGAAGUUCAGCCUCACCAUCUGCUCCUGCCUUGUCUGCUUUGGCUUCACGCUGCACGAGUCCUGCAGGGAAGUGAACAUCACCAGCAUCCGCCUCAACGCCUCCUGCUCUGUCAUGGUGCCCAGUGAUGCCAGUGAUGCCACUGACUGGUUUGGGAUAUUUUCCAAUGCUCUUCUUCUGUCUCAGAAGCUCACCGCUGGCCUGAUUGUCUUGCACACAGUGUUCAUAUCCAUCACCCAUGUCCAUCGCACGCAGCCAUUGUGGAAGAAGAGCCCCCUGUCCAACCGCUGGUGGGCCAUGACUGUGAUUGUUGUGCUGCUGGGUCAGGUUGUGCAGACAGCUCUGGACCUGAACCUCUGGGUGAACAUGGAGUCUCCACUGCCCUUCAGCUCCUUGCACGUUUCCCCAGUGUCAUGGCUGCUGGGCUUCCUCUCACUCAUCCUGGUGGUCAUCAUCAAUGAAAUUGUCAAGCUUCAUGAAAUCCGGGUCCGUGUCCGCUACCAGAAGAGGCAGAAGCUGCAGUUUGAAACCAAGCUGGGGAUGAAUUCUCCCUUCUAAACCCUUCGUGACACGAGUCCCACGGAGCUGCUGUGCGAGGGGAGGGGUGCCCACUCCCUGCCUGCUCAACCUUAACCCACCCUGGGAGAUGCCUGCCUGUGAAUGUCCCUCACCUGUGGACUUGGCCGGGACCCAGCAGAGCAAUGCCUGCACCUCUAACCGGACAGGCAGCCUCAGUUGGCUGGGAGCGCUGGACCAGGUUGGAGGCCUCUGCCUGGCUAGGAGCCUGGUGGCAGCAAGGCCUCACGUUUAUUUAUUCUGUUUUGGGAUCAUGAUGAUGCUGAGAUGAAGCGACUGCUCUCUGUGGAGCCUUUCCCCUGCAUUGGCUGCACAGAGCCGAGCCCUGAGCUCUAGGGAGGGACCGGGGUCCAUCACUGGCUUUGGCUCCAGGAGAGGUUUCUAGCGCUGCAUCGGGGGGCAGUAUCACACCUGCCCCGCUAACAGCUGGUGAGCAUACUGGCAGCCUAGCAAGAGAGGUCCAGAUGCAGGCAGCUGGGUCCCUCCUCCACCCUGCUUGGGGCUGGAGGCCCCUUGAGGCAGGAGUCAGAGGAGCCCUGCCUUCCACAGUGGCCUUGGCCUGGCCAGCUCUGGUUCCUCUGGGCAGAGACCCCUCAGCAUCGCCCCCAGACAAGGCAACUUGUUGGUUGUCUCCCACGUGUGGGGCCUUGUCCCUGGCCUGCCCCAGUGAGACACCCCCCCCCCCCCCCCCCCCCUUGUUGCUUGGGUAGCCUGGUGAGAGAGCAGAAGCUGGCACUGCCCUUGGCUGGAGGGGAGGCACAAAUAGGCCCUCCUAGGCUCCCUACCUCUGUGGCAGGGGAGGGGGAUGUUCAGGCAAGGCCAGCAGCAGGCUCACCCCUGCCUGGCAGUGCUGUGAUGAGUAGGCCUGGCCAUAUCACCCUUCCCAGGGCUCAGGCUGUGCCGAGCAUGGUGCUUGCUGCAGGGAGUGGCUGUGAGCCCUCUGUCAAGUGCCACCCCCUCAGUUCCCUCCAAUCCUUCUGUGCUAGUUCUCGAGGGGGCCCUAGCUCUGCUCCAGUGCCCCUCCCAUGAUUCCCUCACUCUGACAGCUCCUGGUGGCAGGCAGCUGUUUCCCUUGGGGCAUCGCUGCCCUGCUGCUCUUCGUGCCUCCCUCAUUCACUGCCAAGGAGGUCCUAUGUAAGCUGCAUCCCUGUGAGCAAGAGCCACAGGCCAUUCUUGGCAGCUAUGGAUCUUGCUCCCCGUCCUGUGCUCUGCAACCACAGGGGUCAGGGAAAUGGAGGCCUCUGCCAUCACAGCAUGGACACCCCCCCCCUUUGGCCUCUGCCCUGUGGCUGUCAGCUGUUCCCUGGGAGGCAGGGAAAGAGUUAGGGAUGCCCUGACUACUUCUCUGUUGCUCUGCCUUGUCUUCCUCGUCUGUCUGAGGGUAUGGCUCAGCCCUACCGCUGGCGCCUCUAAGCAAUAUCCCCGGUCCCCCCACAGAGCCUGUGGGGCGUCAAGAGGGACGGGUGGAGCAGCUGACGCAGGUCGGGGUGGGGAAGGUGCCCUGGGCUCUGCUCCGUGGGUGUGAGAUUGGUGUGAGCCUGCUCUGACCCUCCACCAUGAGGGCACUGACCCUCCAGCACCCUUUGAGGGGGUCUACUUACCCCUCUUCCUUGGGGAACCAACUGCAGCAGACACCUUAGUGUGGGACCAGACUGAUGCCAAGCAGGGCUCUGCCCCUGGCGUAAGCAGGAGGUAAUUGACCGUCAGUGCCCGUCCUGGGCUCAUGGGCAUUUGAUGCUGUACCCACCCAGGCUGGAGGCUGAGUAGUGUUCCGCAGCUUGGGCAAAUGGGCACAGUGAGAAUCUUCCCUGGGGCAGGGGUGGAGAAGAGGCAGGAAGACAGCAUCAGGGGCUGUCAAGGACCUCAUAGCACAUGCUUUCUGCAGCCCUGGCCUGCCUGGACCUCUCGCCUCCUGCUGGGCAAAGUAGGCUUGUCUAGUGGGGGCCUGGCCUGAGCCGUGCCUCCAUCCUGCAGCCUCUUGGCCUCUCUGCCCGUGGCUGGCCAGUUGGACACACACCUGUUGCUGAUUAAACUCUGCCUCUUCGCUCCUAGCUCUGCAGAGCUGCCCCAGCUGUAGAAGAGCAAGACAGCCUACCUUCCAUGCUCAUUAACUCACUCGCACUUGCAGGAUUUCUCUGAGGGUGCGCAACCAGUGGGCAGGUAGGAGCAAGCUCGUUGCAGGCUCAGCUGCCUCAGUGGGUGGGCGUCAGACACUGCACCCUGCCGCUCCGAUCUUGCCCAGAUCAGAGGCCUCGAUGUGGGUUUCCUGUCCCUAGAGUGACAUGGUGUGAUCUAAAGGUGGCAGCUGCCAGUGCUGGGAGGUAGCUGGUUCCUCUCCUCCCUGUAGGCACCCUCCCACUGAACCAUUGCGCCCUUGCUGCCCUCACACCAGCCCCAGCCAAAGCGGUAGCAACCUCACACUGUUCCAGCAGUCACUGGGACUCUACAGGCCUUGUUCCCUGCUCCUCCUCUCCUCCCUUAGCCAGUCGGGGCACGUGGAGGCCGACUGUGAGCACCCUCCCCUGGUGCAGGUUUUUAGCAGUGUACAUUUUCUACGCCUUUUUUUGGGCUGUGUGUAAAAAAACAACUAAAUCCCAAUUUGUAUGAAACCUUGUAAACUGUAUAGAGGCUGCAAGCCCUGAUGGAUGAAUGGCAAUAAAUGAUGGUCUUUGAUACUGUG